AUGGCAACCACAGUCCUCAUCACUGGCGCAGGCGGGUUCCUGGGCUCGCUGCUGGCCGAUACCUUGGUCAAGCUGCAGCCACAACACACCUUCGAGUUCAUCCUAGUCGAUGUGCGCACUCCACCGGCCCCCCAGAGCGCCGGUAUCAAGAGCGUGUGUCUCGCUGCGGAUCUCACCACCCCUGCUGGCGUCGACUCGAUCUUCCGCACGGAGCUCGGUCUUCCCGCGGUCAUCUACUCGCUGCACGGCAUCAUGUCGAAAGGGGCCGAAGAGAACUGGGAUCUCGGCUUCCGGGUCAACUUUGAGUCUACACGUGCGCUGCUCGACAAGGCACGAGAGUUGGUACGCGGAGUCAAGUUCAUCUUUGCCUCCUCCGUCGGGGUGUUCGGCGGCAAGCUGCCAGAGGUCGUUACGCAGGACACGUAUCCGCGGCCGGAGUCGAACUAUGGUACCGCGAAGGUGAUGUGCGAGUACCUGAUCAGCGAGUACUCGCGCAAAGGUUUCGUUGACGGACGCGCGGUGCGGCUGCCGACAAUCACGGUGCGACCGGGACCCCCCGCGGCUGCCACUUCGGCGUUCGUCUCAGGCAUCAUCAGAGAACCGCUUCAGGGUCUGGUCGCAUCGUGUCCAAUCGGCAACAGCGCCGACGAUCCGAUGCUCGAAUCGACGCUCUUCUGGAUCUCGAGCCCCAGCACAGUGCUGGAGAACUUUGUCAUCGCCAAGGACGUGCCUGCAGACAAGUUCCCCAAGUACUCGCGCGCGGUCAAUCUGCCCGGCUUCACGGUGAGCAUCAAGGAGCAGGUGGAAGCACUGAGGAAGGUAGCGGGUGAUGAAGCAGUGGCUCUGAUCAAGUUUGAAAAGGAUGAAGUCAGCGAGCGCGUCGUGAGGUCGCUUCCGGCCAAGUUCGACAACGGAUUCGCUUGCGGGCUUGGGUUCAAGGUGGAUCAAGGUGGAUUCGAGGCGAACGUGAGAGAGUUUCAGGAGUACUUGGCUGCGCAGAAGAAGAAGAAGCAGUAG